UCUACACAUCGUCCGAAAAAAUAAAACAAUCUCUGUUGCGCUGAGUGAGAAAUAUUUUCGAAACAAAAUUUCAAGUGUGUGAUGCACAAAAUAAAAUCGAUCACAACGCACGUGUAACAUUUAAGCUACGAACACUUUUGUUUAUCAAUCAGUGAAAUUUGAACAGAAAAAAAAUCUCAACAACAAACAAUCGGUGGAUUUUGUGAUUUGUUUUAAGUCAAAUAGAAGAAAGAAAAAAAUAUAAUGUUGCAAACAAUGCCAACCAAUGUGCCAAAAAUGAGUUCAAAUUUUAGCAUUGAAUUGCUGCUGAAGAGCGAUUCAAGUGUGGAAAAGGAUGUAAAACUCCAGAAAUGUGUAACAAAACCAACAAUCUCACCGAUCGAAUUGCCUCUAAAGUCCGCUUCGAUUUCGGACGAUUUUAGCCGAGAAGUGAGCCCAGUUAAUCAAAUUCCCGAUACUAGUGAUAUUCCCGCUCGUUUUAUAAACUGUGCGCCACAACAUAGACUACCCAAUCAUGGUAUGCAACAUCCAUAUCAACAGCCACAGUUGCCAUUUACACCGUCCGAUAAUUUAUUAUCCCUAAAUGCAAUGCAACAACAUCAACAAAUCCUCAACACUCAAUUACAAAUGGCAGCUGCUCUAAAUUAUCAAUAUAAUGCAUCGAUGCAGCCGCAGGCGAUGAACUUUUCGCAAAUUUUAGGCAAUAAUUUCCAUCGUACCUCUUAUCAUAUGCAACGAUUUCCAUAUGGAUACGGCAGUGGUGAUUUCCUAUUGCACCCGUACCGAAAACCAAAGCGUAUUCGAACAGCAUUCGCGCCAUUACAGUUACUUGAAUUAGAGAAUGCAUUUGAAGGCAAUCAAUAUGUUGUAGGAUCAGAACGAAAAGCAUUGGCCAAACAGCUACAUCUCACAGAAACUCAGGUUAAGGUUUGGUUCCAAAACCGAAGAACGAAACACAAGCGCAUGCAACAAGAGGGCAACAAUAGCACGGGCAACAAAAAUCUAAAUCGCAGCCUAAGUGAUGAAGACGACAGCAGUCAAUGUAUGGAUGAUGAAGAAAUUAACGUGGACGACACCCAAUUCAACUGAUCUGAUUUACCUGAUUUAAAACAAAAACAACAACAAGAACAUAAAAACAGCACCACAUUGUUUUUCUGUGUACGAUUCUACUACCAUUUGUCGAAUGAUAUAAGCCGAAUUGUAUGCGAAUCAAAUUGAAACAAAAACAACGAUCGGCACUAUAUUCUCAAAACCAAACGAAAAGAAGAAGAAGAAAAACACAUCGCACCAUGCAAUGUAGACGUCGUCGAUCAGUAUUUUAAGCCAAACGAAGUACGAAUUAUAUUAUUUAUACCCAUGAAAGAAAAAAUGAAAGAAAGAAAGACUGUAUACCAUGAAUUAUAUUGGCAGAUUACGAUGCAUUUUAUGUACAUAUAUAUAUAUAUAUAUGAUAAGUUUCUAUAUGUAAUGCGGGUAAUUUCUGUAUAUUUAUUUUGAAUAAUUAAAAUAUAAUGAGAACUAUUAGAACUAUU